GUGACAUGGUUCCAGCCACUAUCGCGGGCAAGAUUGUAGGUGGCGUCUGCUCCUUGAGUGGAGUACUUGUGAUUGCACUCCCGGUUCCUGUUAUUGUUUCGAACUUUUCUCGAAUCUACCACCAAAAUCAAAGGGCAGAUAAGCGGAAAGCUCAAAAGAAAGCGAGAAUGGCCAGAAUCCGAAUCGCCAAGGCAACGAGUGGUGCAGUAUUCGUUAGCAAGAAGAAGGAGGCUGAGGCGAGACUUGCUGCACGAGAAUCUGGACAGGAGGUUGAGGACGACACAGGCGAUAUUUUCGAACUUCAGCAUCACCAUCUGCUUCAGUGUUUGGAAAAAACAACGGACAGACAGUUUGUGGAGCUAGAAGGACCCUACAAUGGUCAACCCAAUCGACCAUCGUCUUCACCACCAAUAUCUCCAGCGCCAUCUAUCGUAUCGCACAACAACCUUCGGCGUUUCUGUUGUGGAAGGCUCUGUAGUCGAAAGAAAUAUCAAGCCGUCUUACAGAGGACAUCCACUAAGGAACAUAGUGGAGAAGGAACAUUAGAACAAGAUGAUGAACAAAAUGAUAUUCAAGUAAGGAUUAUACCAAACACAGCAUCCUCUUCUGGCAAUCUAUAUCAUCAUAAUAUCAGUCUAUCUAGAUCUAGUUUGAACAAUCCAGAACCUUUGAUAACUGAUAUGAAUCCGCCACCUGGAAGCGAUUCUGGCACUACAACCGUGAUAACCAUGUCUCAACCUAGUCCUAAUUCUGAAACCGAAGCUAUUUUGUCUGCCGAAACGACGAGCACAGCGCCAUCUCCAGUCAACACGAACACGGUUCGUGUAUCAGCACUUUAAUACGGCAGUCAUUUUAAGAACUACGAGUUCUCUCUUGAGUUUUUGGGUUAGCUGUAGCCACGGGAAAUGGCGAAGACUGACCGAGGACGAUGACUUACAGAGUCAUUUAUUCCAAUGCCUCAAACCGAGGUUGUGAUCCUGGCAAUAGAGCAGUACAGUAGUGGCCUGCCCGCCUGUCGUACUUCCUCUAUCCUUCCUCUCUGUACCAUGUUAUACCGGUCCAUCUUGGAGCUGCCUGCGUUCUCUAGCUCAUUUAUUAUCAUUGUAAUCUUGGUCACUCUUGAUCUACAACAUUCUAUCAUAAUGUCUAUCAGGCGAAAAGAAAUAUUCCUGAUAAAAUCAAUCCGCAACUGAUAACCAUAUUGCCUUUGAUAUAUACGGUCACUAUAUAAGCUAUUAAUAAGAACUUUGUAAUUAAAGUUUAACCCCAUGUCAAAUGGCACACACAAGUUUUCGAGUCUAAUGCUUUAAAAGAAAUCGUAAAAAAUAUUAACUUAACAGUAUAUUUCAAAACAUUAAUUAUUCAGUUCUUUUUUUCUUAUUAUUAUCAACUAAUAAUAAAAGUUAGUCAAUGCCUUUAUUAUUUUCAUUACAUACAUUGCUUAUUGGCAUCAUAUAAACUAAAAUAAUCAUGUGCACUCGCAUAAAAAUCCAGCGCCAUCUGGUAAAUAAUGAUGACGCUGUCGUCAGCAAUGCUGACGUGUCUGUGAUCCCAUAGCUUGGAUAUGAAUCUCUUAGUGUUGAAUUUAUAUCCAGAGAAGGAUUACAAUAUACCUAUCAACAAUGAACAUCGUAUUAGAAUAAGCUACUUUUCAGAGUGCAUUCUGUCCAUGACAGUUUUUUUCAGUUGUUUCAGUGAGUAGGAUAAAAACAUCCUUUGUCGUUUUAACUCCCUAAAAGGUUAGACACAUUCAACCAUCGUUAUCAGUUUUAAAAAAACUUUGCCAAAUUUCUUCUCAAUUAUGAUAGUAACUUAGAAUGCAGUAGUUCGUUUAUUUCACAGAAAGUGAAAUAUAAAACAAUAACCUAGAAGAAACAUUUUGCUAAUUACAACAUUUGGAAUGCUUUUAGGUUUGUCAGUUUUUUUUGUUGUUUUUUAGGGGGAUGGUAGUAUUUUUUUUUCUAAUUGUGGCCAUUUCUCUUUCUCUCUUCGUCUUUAAAAAUUAAAACUACUAUUUGUGCCCGUUUCACGAGUUUAGAGAAUUGUGACUUUUAUUGAUAAUAACGUUUCUGGUUUUAUAUUUAUGUACUUAUUAACUGAUUUAUAGAGAAGCUCCAAUGAUUGAAUGUUUUUUGCCAGAACUUUAUUGAUACAAGAUGGUUGUCAUAUUGUUGCCAUUUUUGUUUUUUAUCAUUGCCAUUCUCUAUUAUAAUUUUAAAAUAAGGCAAAAGGCUGUCGAAUUUCAUGCUGACGUAAAUUAGGAAAGUGAAACGACGUGAUUAACUUAAGAUGGAAGUUGCAAGCUUUAAAAAAUGUCCUUUUUAAUAGAGCAGAAGACGGAUAAAAUAUAGAUCUGACUUUCAAAUUCAUCCGAUUCCAAUAGCAUUAAGAAUUUGUUAUAUAUGCUAAAAACGUUUACUGGGAAAGUAUAACUAAAAUCUAGAAGUACAAAAAUCUCAAUCCCAAACUUGAAAUAAAAGUUAUUUAAAGAAAAAAGAAUUAUUCAGAAGAACAGAAUUGAAUAGCUAGGGCCACUCAUUGUUACAGAAAAGUAAAAGAACCACCGAUCAAUUAAAAAAACAUACUCUUUUCUACUUACAUAUAUAAAACAUCUCUUUCAAUCAAUUUUCAUCAGAACUUAUACUCGGAUUUGAACCAUCGCAACAACAGAAUGGUUUUCACUAAUGAAUUUUCACUAUCAGAAUAUUACCAGCAACCUUGAAUCAAAGCAAGCUACCUACAUAGAUCAAAAUUAAAAUUAACCCAGCAGUUAAUGUAGCUUAUUUAAUAUACCGGUCUAAUUUGGGAUAUGCAAUACAAAUAAUUGUUCAAGGUUUGAGAUAUAUACACAACAAGCAAAAGUACCCGUCCCCAGUAACAUGAAACCUUUAGGCUAAUUUAUCAAUUUAAAUUAUUUCGUGGACUUGAAAAAGGUUAACUGUGUUGCGCUCUUGGUUUCACUCAUAGCCAAAGCUCUUAGCUACUUAUACCGCCCACCGCGAAAAGUAAUUGUUGAACAUUUCAGUCAUGAUAAGAGCCGCUGAACAAUAAUAUAUGGUAAAUCUACAUUUUUAUUCUUUAAAUUACGCCACAUUUUGUAAUGUGAAUGAUAGUGUGGUUAAUUCCUAACAAGUUAGCGUAGAAUAUCCUGCUUGCGAAAUAAAAUUGGGCAUCAACAUUAUUCAUGCCUGUUCUCCCGUCAUUUGAGAAGUGAAUGUUGAGCUUUGCCUGCGUGCGCAGCUUUCCAAACGGGAGACAGACGAACGCUCAGACAGGCACCACGGUUCACAAUAUACAUAAGAUUACUUCCUCAUCCCAAACACGUAAACGAAGAAGCUUAUGCGUCAUUUAAUAUUGUUUUUACACAAUAUAACAACAGAAAUUAUAAUGAAAAUAGAUAUCUCCAUAAUUAAGGAUGUGCUUCGCUGUUUGCAAUUACAAGGAUAAUUCUGCGACCUUUUUUAGGCUUGUGUUUUUUUUUCUUGGUGAUACACUUUUCUAAACCGUGUUCACCAAUUAUAAGUAGUUUAUAUUGGCUCGAAUAUGACAUUCUUUUCUUCCAGCUGAGAUGUUUUUGGUAAAAGAUUGACGAAAAACGAAUUAACCCUAAUCACUAUACGUUUAUAACUCGCUCAUCACUCGCUACUGGUUAGUUGAAUUAUUUCAGAAAUCACUAAAUAAACAUUUAAGGUUAAAUUAUACACCAAAUUACGUUUGAUACUGUUUUCAAUCAAAUGUGAAAAGAUAAGCUGAACAAAGUGUUUAUCUGCUAAGUGAAUUUGCCAUCAGUUGUGGAAUCUUCCUCGAAACAUAUCGACGAAAGACUGUAGAAACUACCAGUUGUUUCAUGAUUAGUCGAAAUAUAAACGCAGAUUCCUGUUGACUGUAAAAAUUGUUAGGUGUUUCACAAUUAGCUGGAAUAUAAGCCUAGAUACCUGUUGAAUGUAGAGAUUACUAGGUGUUUGAAGAUAGGCUUACAUAGAAACCUUGGUGCCCUUUGAAUGUGAAAAUGAUUAUGUAUUUACUGUUUGGCUCAAAUAUACAUAAACCAAGAUGCCUGUUUAUUGUGUAAAUGAUAAGGUGUUUAAUUAUUAGAGAAAAAAACUAUAUCUUGGUGACUGUAAAAAUGAUUAGGUGUUUUUAAUUGGCUAAAAUAUAAACCAAGGUGUUUGCUGGUUGUAAAAGUGAUUAAUUAACGAUUGACUGACUGUUGACUUUAGAAUGAUUAUGCAUUUGCUGACUGUAACAAUGAUUAUGAGUUUGGUGACUUGGCUGAAAGGUUAUCCUUGGUUUAAACAUUAAUUCCAUCGACAGUUACGUUUCUCAGAUAUUUAUUCACCUUGUUCUUCAAGAUAUUUUAUAAAGUACAGAAACUUUUAUUAUCCGAUCUUCCACAGAAGUAGGGAUAUUGUUCCUACUUAUUCUAAAGCUAAGAUAAAGUUCCCCUAGAGGUCGCUGUAUAAGCUCUAAUAUUCGUGUAUUUAUAAAGCACUAAACCACCGUAUUCCUUUUAGAUAAAUUAGUAAGCCUUUAAAGAUAAAAAUAGUUGUCAAAUAGUCUUAUGUAUAUACAUUCAUAUACUCUUUCAAUUAUAUGCUGUAUUUAGAUGUGAUUUGGAAGUUUAUGCUAACUCAAAAAAUGUCCUAUUCAUUUUGCGCGAUAUUCGUUUUGCUACAGUUUUGGACAAGUUUACUUAUAGCAGUAUACCCAUGUUUGCCGGACUCUUUUGAGGAAUUUAUACUUUGACAGUCAGUAAACUCAUUAAACAAAAACUCUUAAACUUAACUGAAUAAAUAGAACAUCGGUCAAAAUAUAGGGUUGUUUGUUUAUAAUUAAGCACAAAGCUACACAAUGGGCUAUCUGUGCUCUGCCCACCACGGGUAUCGAAACCGAAUUCUAGCGUUGUAAGUCCGCAGACAUACCGGGUGGCGAAAAUAUAGAAGAUUGUCUUAUAUAAUGAAAUUUACCAGUACAGUUGAAUAAACCAACUACGAUAAUUAUAUUUUUGGCAUUGAAUGUAUCUAAGAUUAGAGAUCGAGAUUCAAUUUUAUAAGGUUAGUGUUGAAAGUGUGGUAUUUAAGUUCUCACAUUUGUGUAAAACACAAACACAGGAUAAACUGUGAAGCUAGAAUGGUUAACACUGAGAUCAGAAUUUUCUCAGUAUGAACUUAAUUUGAAUCAUAAACUUUAUACACUUCAUACUUAGGAGAUUGCGGUGUUGUUGAAGUGUUUAAAUUCUGUAAAUAGAUCAACUUGUGCUACGUAAUAAAAUAAUUUUCUUUGGCUAAAGUUAUG